AUGGCGCAGCGAGGAAUUCAGCCGGACUCGGCAAAGUUUUGCUGUUCCAUCUGUCUGGAUCUGCUGAAGGAUCCGGUGAUUAUUCCUUGUGGACACAGCUACUGCAUGAGCUGUAUUAAAGACUGGUGGGAUGGAGAGGAACACAUGGAAAUCUACAGCUGCCCGCAGUGCAGACAAACCUUCACACCAAGGCCUGUCCUGGUGAAAAACACCAUGUUAGCAGAUGUAGUGGAGGAAAUGAAGAAGAUGGGACUCCAAGCUGCUCCUCCUGAUCUCUGCUACGCUGGACCUGGAGAUGUAGCCUGUGAUUUCUGCACUGGGAGGAAAGUGAAAGCCCUCAAGUCCUGUCUGGUGUGUCUGGCCUCUUACUGUGAGCACCACCUCCAGCCUCACUAUGAAAUCGCUCAAUUAAAGAAACACAAGCUGGUCGAAGCUACUGUGAAGCUUCAGGAGAACAUCUGCGCUAAUCAUGAUGAGGUGAUGAAGAUUUUCUGCUGCACUGAUCAGCAGUGUAUCUGUUAUCUCUGCUCCAUGGAUGAACAUAAAGGCCACCACAAAGUCUCAGCUGCAGCAGAAAGGAAAGAGAGGCAGAAAGAGCUCGGGGUGAGUCGGCAAAAAAUCCAGCAGAGAAUCCAGGACAGAGAGAAAGAGGUGAAGGUGCUCCAACAGGAGGUGGAGGAGAUCAAUCACUCUGCUGAUAAAGCAGUGGAGGACAGUGAGGAGAUCCUCACUGAGCUGAUCAGUUUGAUUGAGAAAAGAAGGUCUGAUGUGAAGCAGCAGAUCAGAUCCCAGCAGAAAGAGGAAGUGAGUCGGGCUGAAGAAGUUCAGCAGAAGCUGAAGCAGGAGAUCGCUGAGCUGAGGAGGAAAGACGCUGAGCUGGAGCAGCUCUCACACACAGAGGAUCACACCCAUUUCCUACAGAAUCACCCCUCGCUCUCAUGUCUCAGUGAAUCUACAGACUCACCCAGCACCAACAUCCGUCCUCUGAGCUACUUUGAGGUUGUGACUGCAGCUGUGUCAGAGCUGAGAGAGAAACUACAGGACCUUCUUAGUGAGGAAUGGUCCAAGAUCUCAAGGACAGUGACUGAAGUGGAUGUUUUACUGCCACAACCAGAGCCCAAGACCAGAAGUGAAUUUUUACAAUAUUCAUGUCACAUCACACUGGAUCCAAACACAGCACACAGACGUCUGUCAUUAUCUGAGGAGAACAGAAACGCAACAGUAAUGAGAGCAGAACAGUCAUAUCCCAGUCACCCAGACAGAUUUACUGAAAGGUGGCAGGUCCUGAGUAGAGAGAGUCUGACUGGACGUUGUUACUGGGAGGUGAAGUGGAAGGGGAGAGUUUCAAUAGCAGUCUCAUAUCAGGAUAUCAGCAGAACAGGGACCGUGGAUCCAUGUGGAUUUGGAUUCAAUGACAAAUCUUGGGCAUUGUUUUGUUACAACAUGAAGUGUUACUUCAGACACAACAAAAUCGAAACUAAAAUCCCGCUCCCUGUGUCCUCCAGAUUCCAGAAAAGAAGGGAAAUGGCGCAGCAAGGAAUUCAGCCGGACUCGGCAAAGUUUUGCUGUUCCAUCUGUCUGGAUCUGCUGAAGGAUCCGGUGACUAUUCCCUGUGGACACAGCUACUGCAUGAGCUGUAUUAAAGACUGCUGGGAUGGAGAGGAGCACAAGGAAAUCUACAGCUGCCCACAGUGCAGACAAACCUUCACACCGAGGCCUGUCCUGGUGAAAAGUACCAUGUUAGCAGAGUUACUGGAGGAAAUGAAGAAGACGGGACUCCAAGCUGCUCCUCCUGAUCUCUGCUAUGCUGGACCUGGAGAUGUGGCCUGUGAUGUCUGUACUGGGAGGAAACUGAAAGCCCUCAAGUCCUGUCUGGUGUGUCUGGCCUCUUACUGUGAGCAGCACCUCCAGCCUCACUAUCAAUCCCCCGCCUUUGAAAAACACAAGCUGGUAAACCCAUUCAAGCAGCUUCAGGAGAACAUCUGCUCUAAUCAUGAUGAGGUGAUGAAGAUUUUCUGCCGCACUGAUCAGCAGUGUAUCUGUUAUCUCUGCUCCAUGGAUGAACAUAAAGGCCACCACACAGUCUCAGCUGCAGCAGAAAGGAAAGAGAGGCAGAAAGAGCUCGGGGUGAGUCGGCAAAAAAUCCAGCAGAGAAUCCAGGACACAGAGAAAGACGUGAAGGUGCUUCAGCAGGAGGUGGAGGAGAUCAAUCACUCUGCUGAUAAAGCAGUGGAGGACAGUGAGGAGAUCUUCACUGAGCUGAUCACUUUGAUGGAGAAAAGAAGGUCUGAUGUGAAGCAGCAGAUCAGAUCCCAGCAGAAAGAGGAAGUGAGUCGGGUUGAAGAAGUUCAGGAGAAGCUGAAGCAGGAGAUCGCUGAGCUGAGGAGGAAAGACGCUGAGCUGGAGCAGCUCUCACACACACAGGAUCACAUCCAUUUUCUACAGAAUUGCCCCUCGCUCUCAUGUCUCAGUGAAUCUACAGACUCACCCAGCACCAACAUCCGUCCUCUGAGCUACUUUGAGGAUGUGACUGCAGCUGUGUCAGAGCUGAGAGAGAAACUACAGGACCUUCUUAGUGAGGAAUGGUCCAAGAUCUCACUGACAGUGACUGGAGUGGAUGUUUUACUGCCACAACCAGAGCCCAAGACCAGAGAUGAAUUCUUACAAUAUUCAUGUCCCAUCACACUGGAUCCAAACACAGCAAACACAUGGCUGUCAUUAUCUGAGAGGAAAAGAAAAGUGACACGAAUGGCAAAAGAACAGUCAUAUCCCAGUCACCCAGACAGAUUCAUUGAAUGGUGUCAGGUCCUGAGUAGAGAGAGUCUGACUGGACGUUGUUACUGGGAGAUGAAGUUGAAGGGGGAAGUUUAUAUAGCAGUCUCAUAUAAGGAUAUCAGCAGAACAGGAACUGUGGAUGUAUGUGGAUUUGGAUAUAAUGACAAAUCUUGGGCAUUGUUUUUUUACAACACAAAGUGUCACUUCAAACACAACAAAAUCGAAACUGAAAUCCCGCUCCCUGUGUCCUCCAGAGUGGGAGUGUACCUGGAUCCCAGAGCAGGUAUUCUGUCCUUCUACAGCGUCUCUGAAACCAUGACUCUCCUCCACAGAGUCCAGACCACAUUCACUCAGCCUCUCCAUGCUGGACUUGGGCUUUAUUAUCACCCACGUUUCAACACCACUGCUGAAUUUGUCUAAACCCCUCAUUCUGAGUAGUGAGGGUUUAUUAAAACAGUAUCAGAUUCUGAUUUUCUGUUUUGUCUCCAUCUUUAGUGUGAAGUUGUCAUUGCUUGAGUGUUUCUGCACUACACUUCCCAGUCUCUUUAACAGAGCGGGCAGUUCUAUGACACUGUUUUGUUUUUCUGUUCAGCC